AUAUAUUGGUUUUGGCGCUAGCGUUAUCGCUUCCGAAUUCUGCAACUACGAUGGCUUCCCUCCAUUUACCGACUCUCUCCCCCUUCGUUUCUCCUCCCAAUUUCAAGCCAGAUCGGCUGCAGUUGGUCUCGGUGCUCCCAAACCCUUCGAUCAACCGUCACCUCCGCGGGUGUAGCGGAUUUUUCCCCGUUGAAAACCGUCCUAAAAUCGAAGAAUUAGGAUCACGGAGGAACGUGAGGGCAGAAUCGGGAACGAGGGAACCAAUGGUUCCUCCCUACAAUGUGCUGAUCACCGGUUCAUCUAAAGGAAUCGGGUAUGCUCUUGCUAAAGAAUUUCUGAAAGCUGGUGACAACAUCAUAAUAUGCUCCAGAUCAGAAGAACGUGUUGAAUCGGCAGUCCGGAAUUUGAGAGAGGAGUUCGGACAGCAUGUGUGGGGUACAGUUUGUGAUGUUAGAGAGGGAGGUGAUGUCAAGGCAUUAGUUUCUUUUGCACAAGAAAAACUCAACCACAUAGAUGUAUGGAUAAACAAUGCUGGAUCCAAUGCAUACAGCUACAAACCAUUGACAGAGACAUCUGAUGAAGAUCUCAUGGAGGUUGUUACUACAAAUACACUUGGUUUGAUGCUCUGCUGCAGAGAGGCAAUCAAAAUGAUGGCGAGCCAACCACGUGGAGGUCAUGUUUUCAACAUCGAUGGUGCUGGUUCAGAUGGAAGGCCAACUCCUCGUUUUGCUGCAUAUGGGGCUACAAAACGUAGUGUGGUGCACCUGACGAAGUCCUUACAGGCUGAGCUACGAAUGCAUGAGAUUAAUAACGUUAUGGUGCAUAACUUAUCGCCUGGGAUGGUCACAACUGACCUUUUGAUGUCAGGGGCUCUUACAAAGCAGGCAAAAUUUUUCAUUAAUGUCCUUGCUGAGCCUGCAGAUGUGUGUUUGGAAGGACACUGAUAAGAUACAAAGUUUAUUUCGAUGCCAUCUUGUUGGGAGGAGUCCAGUCCCAUACUAAUCAAAUAUACUUGCAAAAGCUGCCAACAAUAGGUCUGCCGAACCACUCCACGGGUGGUUAUUCCAGACCAUAGACUCUCCAAAAGGCAGCGAAAACAAAAUAUUAUGUACGAUGCUGGCCAGCUCAGCCUAUUGAAUUCGGCAUCAUUUAUAGCAGCCAUUUGCGAAUGGUGGAAGAUGAUUCAGUUGUUCACUCCCUUUCAUAUUUUUAUUGAAUUUGAUCCUCUAGAAAGGGCUGUUAGAUGCAAUGAUGAUCUAUCCAUCACUCUAGCAUCUAGAUGCUAAUUUGAGGGCACGGAUGCUCCUUUCUGUGCAGGAAGUUCCCGCAUAUAGAACCUCACACCCGCUGUUUUUUUUCAUAACAAAAGCACGCUUCGGAUGAUUUCCAAUUUCUCUAUCUUCAGCUGUACACGUUGAUGUUAGCUUCAGCGUCCUGACAAAUAGCUCCUAAAUAAGCCAGAUAUCUUGUGUGAGCUUAUCAUCUUGGUCUUUCCUUCUGCUAGAGGAAGAUCGGAUAACACUAGAGCCACACUUCCGUCUUAGCAGAGCGGAUGCUUCUCUCUUGACGAGCAAUGUUGCUGAUAUAUUACUAUGGAGAAGGUCGAUGUUUAGCAUCGGAGACUAUUUUUUGUGUAUUUCUUGACUGACUUCAACAUCUAAUGCCCAAUAUUCGCAAGUUCCUGAUCAUGACCACAUCGAUACCCUCAUGGAUCAUUUGACAAUAGAUAUACUAAAAAACUGUUGGCAAUUCAUCGAUCCAUCGAAUGCUGAAACAUAAUCUUCUACGAAUUGCCAUAACCUUUUAGGGCAGAUUAAUGGAACAAUUUGUUGUCAUUCUCAUUACCAAAUGGCCCUUCAGCUAACUAACCAGAUCCCUGGUAGAUAUUUUGGGUGUUUGUUUCUCACUUAUGUUCGAUUUGAUGAUGGUUUGAAGGUUUUCCUUUUUCUAUUGCAUCAGGAGAGGUCAUCUCAAAUGAACUUUUGAUGGCGCGCUUUUACCAAUAUUGCUAAAUCAUUAGUGUGGCACUUUAUU